CAGAAAUCAACAAAUUCACCCCCUUACAAUAUAUUGUAAAUUCUCUACUUUACUAAGAUCACUUUAUAACAUAGAAAAAUCAAAAUACACUGGUGAUGAAUACAACCCUAUAAAUUACCAACUUAACAGCCAUGAGCUUGCUGGACUCCACCGCAAGUCCCUCCGGAAAUGGAGCAAACGGGGUCGGAACGAGCACAUUUCCUUCGAUAGAACCCAAGGUACUGGUCGACUUUCUUGCAUCCGUUCUUGAGAUCACUCUAGGAGCAACACGAGAUGACCUUGAGCAAACUGGUAGUCUUCUUUCUGAGGCCCAAUACUCUGAUACAGCUCAGCGAUGCACCAGAUUUGCAUCUGAAUCUCACCAAGCUGUGAUAUACGUACAGAAAGAUGCGGUUCCACGAGAGGAAGGGGAUUCCCCAGAUGAACCAAGUGUUAUUUUGUACAACUAUAGUUUAGCUUCUGAUAUAUCCUCCUCAUCAUCAACAACCGGAUCUGUCGCUUUUAUGAAAGGUCCGCAACCUAUAGAUCCUUCGAUACCCAUAUCUUCUCAAAUACAACUUAUUAAUUUACCUGGUGCAUCAUUAUCGAAUGAAUCAACAAACGGACAGGCGGGAGCUUCUAUUUUGCAUUCAUUUGUGCAUCUGGCCCUGGUGCCAUACUUUGAUGCAUAUACAAAGCAACAGCAGGCAGCGAAUGGGAAUCGAAGUAUAUCAGAGCUUGAGGCCAAGACCGGUGUGUCUGCCACCAAAAAGAAGCUAGCAGAGUUGGAGUUAGCUUUGCGACAUCUUCAGGAUAAUGUUGAUAUUCCCGAUUUGACACUUAUGCUACACCCAAUGGUGCAGCAUGCACUUGAUGAAGCAGCCGCUCGUAAACGCAAGCCAACAGUGGAGUUCAUACCGGAAAGAUUGUUGCAUGACAGUGCCUUCCUCAACAACCUGCAGUCUCUAGUAAACGGAUGGAUUAAGUCGAUACAAGCUAUUACAAAGUUAUCGCGGGAUCCAACAAGCGGUACUGCAUCCCAGGAAAUUCAGUUCUGGCUCGCUAUGGAGUCCACACUCGAAAAUAUUGGUGCACAAUUAGCCAGCGAUGGAGUAAUGCUUACUCUUGAGAUAUUAAGACACGCCAAACGUUUCCAGGCCACUCUCAGUUUCACAUCCGAUACUGGGUUGAAGGAGUCGACCGAUAAAGUACAGAAGUACAAUCAACUUAUGCGAGAUUUCCCUCUUGAUGAAUUGCUUUCAGCAACUUCGUUACAGAAGGUUGGUGAUGCACUGGGUCUUAUUUUUGGGCACUUGAACAAAAAAUUGCGUAUUUGUCCAUACCCAGUUCGACGUGCUUUGCCACUAGUAGAAGCAAUUUCUGCAGAUCUUGACAAUCGACUUCAUUUUCUACUUCACGUAUCGAGAUUUCAGAAAUUAAUGUCCGUCGCCGAUUCAAUUUGGGCCAUUUGGGAUGACAACCUAAAGGAGUUCACCAAUGUUGCCCGAGAGGUCACGCGUCGAAGAAACGAGAAGUUCAUGCCCAUAAAAAUCGUUGGAAAGCAUGCAGAGCUGCAAGCACGUCUGAAAUAUGUUAGUACCUUUAGAGAUAACCACGAGCAACUACAGCGAACAAUAAUCAACGUUUUAGCACCCAAGAUUGGUGAUGACGUUCCAGAGGGUGGAGCCAAUGGAGUUGUUUUAGUUGAAGAGAUGGGCGACGUGGACGCCGUGGAAGAAAUCAAACAAGCUUGGGCUGCGUUGAGCAAUAUAGAUAUGCUCGAUGUUUCUUCCGAGGGAACGCAGUUGUGGAUUCAAGCAGAGAGUACUUAUAAUGAGCGAACAUCGCGUGUCGAGAACUCAAUUAUUGCCCGAUUGCGAGAUCGAUUAGCCACUGCUAAGACAGCAAGUGAGAUGUUUCGAGUAUUUUCUAAGUUCAAUGCUCUGUUUGUCCGACCGAAAAUUCGCGGAGCUAUUACAGAAUAUCAAACGCAACUUAUUGACAACGUGAAACAUGAUAUAUCCUCCCUGCACGAGCGAUUUAAGCAACAAUAUGGUCAUUCCGAAGCUCAUGCAAUGGCACAGCUUAGAGAUCUACCUCCUGUUUCUGGAGCGAUCAUUUGGGCUCGCCAAAUUGAGAAACAACUCAAUGGAUAUAUGAAAAAAGUCGAAGACGUACUGGGGACUGAAUGGGCGCUUCACGCCGAGGGACAGAAGCUUCUUAGUGAUAGUAAUCUUUUUCGAAAUAAGUUGGAUACUCGACCAAUCUUUGAGGCAUGGCUUCAUGAUGUGCAGCGAAAGCAUGUUACUAUCUCUGGCAGGCUUUUCAAUAUAAAUAAGAUCCGCGCAGCAAACAAUGCCUUGGAAUUGGCUGUCAACUUCGACCACCAGGUCAUUGCGCUCUUCAAAGAGACGCGAAACCUGCAAUGGUUGAAUUACCCUGUUCCUCAUCAGAUCAACAACAUAUCGAAGGAUGCAAAGCGUGUAUAUCCCUACGCUGUGAGUCUCAUGGAGACCGUUCGGACAUUCACACAAACCAGUCGUCAAAUAGCCGAAAUGGCCGAUGUUCAAAUACUUCUAAGUGGUUACCAGCACGAAGUUCAGGCCUUAAUUGCUCGCGGAGUUUCUCUAAAAUGGGAGUCGUUUGUGCACUCAUAUGAUAUCCACAUCAAACCCACGUAUACAAAGGGUUCAAUUGAACCUGCCAUCGCCAAUCGAACUGAGAGCAAACACGUGCAAUUUGUUCGCGAAAUCGCUGCCUCUGUUGCGUUAUUACAAAGUAAGACGGAAACGCUUGCUUCUAUCAAUGCGACGAUCCAGAAAACCUUGGCAGAGUUAGAUAAGUGUCCUUACGAAAUAACUGCAUUCCAGGCCCGUUUAGAAACGAUUCAGAUGGCUGUUGAUCAAUUGAACCUCGAGAACUAUGUCAACUUGCCUUAUUGGGUCAGAGAAAUGAAUGACCGUAUCAAGGUCACUCUUCUGAAGCGUCUACAACAAGCAAUCGAAGUGUGGAUUGAUACUUUUGAAAAUGAGCGAUCUGACGGUGUUAAUGACGACAGCCGCAGAAAGCACUUCAGUAUCUUGACCGAGUCUCCACCUGAGAACAAACCAUCCAUGAAGCGACUGGUACACGAGAUCUCCAUGCGCAACCAAGUCAUCUACUUAGAUCCGCCUUUGGAAUAUGCCAGAGCUAGCUGGUUUUCCCAACUACAUGAUUGGCUCGGGGUCGUAUGCCAUCUUCGUAAAGUCAAGGCUUCUCGGUAUGUCAUGACCUUGGGAACGACUAAUGAUCCGGAAGAGCUGUUCACGGAACUCCCGCGAGAUUGUGCAGAUGAACUUCUGAGAGCCUACAAAUGCGUUGAAGCAAAGCUGCACGAGGUUAGCCUCUACGUUGACAAAUGGCUACAGUUUCAAUCACUAUGGGAUCUUCAAUCUGAUCUUGUGUAUGAAACCUUGGGUGAACAACUCUCAAAGUGGCUCCAGCUUUUGCAGGAGAUCAGGAAAACUCGCUCCACUUUCGACACAACUGAAGUCCAGACAAAGGUCAAUGCCAAGUAUGACCAGUGGCAACAUGAGAUCUUGAUCAAAUUUGGAAGUCGCCUCGGAAACCGUGUUCGUGAAGUCUAUGCUGAGAUCGAAAAAGCACGUCGUGAUCUCGAGGUUCAAUCCUUAGAAGCAUCGUCCACGGCACAAGCUGUGCAAUUUAUUACCAUUGUUCAGACCUGCAAGCGGAAGGUAAAGGCUUGGGGUCCAGAGGUAGAAACUUUCAGGCAAGGACAAACCACACUUGUUAGACAAAGAUAUCAAUUUCCCAUGGACUGGCUAGGAGUGGAGCAAAUCGAUUCUGAAUGGACUGCUCUCAAUGAAAUCCUAGCUCGAAAAGCUAAAAUCGUGGAAGAUCAGACUGACGCGUUACGUGCCAAGAUUACUGCAGAGGACAGGGUAGUUGGAGAGAAAAUCGCAGAGAUCACUGCCCAAUGGAACGAAGAAAAGCCUGUAUCUGGCACUAUUGCUCCAGAUAUAGCAUCUGCAACUCUCACUUCAUUCGAAAGUCGCAUCACGAAAUUGCAUGAGGAGUCAGAAAUGGUUGCUCGCGCUAAAGAAGCUUUAGAUCUUCCGGCAACUGCAGACACAGCACUUGUGGCUAUUCUCGAAGAAGUCCAGGACUUCAAGUCUGUAUGGGCUGCUUUGUCGACCAUAUGGAAAAGCCUUAAUGACCUCCGCGAUAUGUUGUGGACAAGCGUGCAGCCCCGAAAAUUAAGAUCCGCGAUUGAUGGCCUCAUUAAGAUGACCAAGGAAAUGCCAAGUCGGAUGAGACAAUAUGCUGCAUUUGAGCAUAUUCAAAAUGUUCUUAGGCAAUUUUUAAAAGUCAAUCCCGUAGUUACAGACUUGAAAUCCGAGGCUGUCAGAGACCGCCACUGGAACAAAAUCUUCAAGAAUUUGAAACCCGGGAAACGCUAUUCGCCAAUAUCAAUGACUCUAGGAGAAGUUUGGGACCUGAAUCUUGUUUCCACCGAGAAGAUAAUAAGAGAUAUCAUUGCACAGGCCCAAGGUGAAAUGGCUUUGGAAGAAUUCUUGAAACAGGUUCGCGAAGAUUGGUCCAAUUACUCACUAGAUCUUGUGAAUUAUCAGAACAAGUGCCGCCUUAUUCGUGGGUGGGACGACUUGUUUGCAAAAUGCAGUGAAAAUCUGAACUCCUUACAAGCAAUGAAGCAUUCUCCUUAUUACAAGGAAUUCGAGGAAGAAGCUGCGUCAUGGGAAGAUAAACUCAACCGCGUACACGUACUUUUCGAUGUAUGGAUUGAUGUCCAGCGCCAAUGGGUGUACCUCGAAGGAGUUUUCACCGGAAAUGCAGAUAUCAAACAUCUCCUACCAAUUGAGUCUUCAAGAUUCCAGAACAUCAACUCUGAAUUCUUCGCAGUAAUGAAAAAGGUCUACAAGCAACCGUUUGUAUUGGAUGUACUCAACAUAUCUGGUGUUCAAAAAUCAUUGGAACGUCUUGCAGAGCUUUUGAACAAGAUCCAAAAGGCACUUGGCGAGUACCUUGAAAGAGAGCGUGUUUCAUUUCCAAGAUUUUACUUCGUUGGUGAUGAAGAUCUGCUUGAAAUCAUCGGUAACAGCAACGAUACAUUACGGAUUGCUAAGCACUUCAAGAAGAUGUUUGCGGGCUUAUCUGGUCUAAUUAUGGAUGAAGAGCAAGUAAUUUCAGGAUUCACCUCAAAAGAGGGCGAGGAGGUCAGACUCAAGAAGGAGAUAUCCUUGAUCAAAACUCCAAAGAUUAACGACUGGUUGACCUUGCUUGAAAAUAGCAUGAAGUCAACUCUCGCCGAAUUGCUUGCAGAAGCUGUCGAACAGUACGAGGCGAUUUUCACUGCGGACGAUGUAGACCAAGAAGCUCUAAAUCAAUACAUUUCUGCAUUCCCUAGUCAAAUCGUUGUAUUGGGUACGCAAGCUGUUUGGACCUCUUGUGUAGAAAAAGCGCUUGAAAACGAAGGCGCCGAUUUGCAAAAGUUAUUCGACCAGGAGGUCAAAGUACUUCGCCUUCUUGCAUCCACCGUUCUAGGCGACCUCGACCCAAUUCAGAGAAAGCGAUGCGAGCACCUCAUCACUGAGUGUGUCCACCAACGAGAUGUCAUUGAAAAGCUACGUAACCUCAAUGCAAGUACCCCUAAUCAUUAUAUGUGGCUUCUGCAAAUGAGGUAUGUCUACAAGCCAGAAGGUGAUUUCCUACAACGCCUUUACAUAAAAAUGGCAAACGCAAAGCUCAAUUAUGGAUUCGAGUAUUUGGGUGUAGCAGAACGUCUUGUCAGAACACCAUUGACGGAUCGAUGUUUCCUGACACUCACGCAAGCUCUCUGUCAACGCCUAGGUGGUUCGCCUUACGGUCCAGCAGGUACAGGAAAGACCGAGUCUGUGAAAGCUCUGGGUGUUCAACUAGGUCGUUUCACACUGGUGUUCUGUUGUGAUGACACUUUUGAUUUUCAGGCUAUGGGGCGCAUUUUCCUAGGUCUCUGUCAAGUUGGUGCUUGGGGUUGUUUUGACGAGUUCAAUCGACUUGAGGAGCGUAUAUUAUCUGCGGUUUCCCAACAAGUUCAAAACAUCCAGCUCGGUCUAAAACAAGGCGCGGAGGAUGAGAAGGCACAAAUCGAACUAGUCGGCAGACAGCUUCACGUGAACGCCAAUACCGGACUUUUCAUCACGAUGAAUCCAGGUUAUGCUGGUCGAUCAAACUUGCCAGACAAUUUGAAGAAAUUGUUCCGAAGUGUUGCUAUGUCCAAGCCUGACAAAGAGCUUAUCGCGGAAGUCAUGUUAUACUCGCAAGGAUUCAAUCAAGCGAAACAGCUUUCUAAGCAGACUGUACCGUUUUUCGAUAGCUGUGCCGCGCGACUUUCCAAACAAGCUCAUUAUGACUUUGGGUUGCGUGCCUUGAAGAGUGUACUUGUCAGCUCUGGUGGGCUCAAACGUGCUCGUCUAACCAAUUCCGAUGGUAACCUUGGGCCCGAAGAGGAGGUCGAACCACAAAUUAUUGUACAGAGUCUUCGGGAGACAAUUGCCCCUAAACUAAUCAAGAGCGACGUGGAAAUCAUGAGAGCCAUCGAAGCAGAGUCAUUCCCCGGCGUUGAAUACGUUCCCGCUAGCUUAGACGACCUUAAGAAUGCUAUCAAGAGCCUUGCGAAAGAGAAGCAUUUGGUAGUGAAUGAUACCUGGAUGACUAAAAUUCUUCAGCUCUACCAAAUUCAAGGCAUCCAUCAUGGUGUGAUGAUGGUCGGAAAUUCUGGUUCUGGAAAGUCGGUGGCUUGGAAGGUCCUCUUACAAGCUUUGCAGCAGGUUGAAGGAGUCGAAGGGGUGUGCCAUAUCAUAGACUCAAAGGUCAUGUCGAAGGAAGCUCUCUACGGUAACCUCGAUUCAACUACUCGUGAAUGGACUGAUGGUCUGUUCACAAGCAUCCUCCGAAAGAUUGUAGAUAAUUUGCGCGGUGAGGAGUCAAAGAGACAUUGGAUCGUUUUUGAUGGUGAUGUAGAUCCUGAAUGGGUUGAGAAUUUGAACAGUGUCUUAGACGAUAACAAACUGCUCACCUUACCUAAUGGAGAACGUCUCAACCUUCCCGGAAACGUCAGAAUCAUGUUCGAAGUCGAAACCUUGAAGUACGCUACUCUGGCAACUGUAAGUCGAUGUGGUAUGGUCUGGUUUAGCGAGGACACUGUUACGCCCAACAUGAUGGUUUCCAAUUACCUAGAAAAAUUGAGGUCCGAGGCGUUCGAGGAUCUGGAUGAAGAUGCCGUUGCAACAGGACAAAGUGCCGCCCAAGCGCUGGAGAUUCAAUCUCAUGUGGCGGACCUUCUCCAAACAUUCCUCACCACAGAAGAUUUCAUCAUUAAUGCUUUGGAACGCGCCGAAGGAUUCAACCACAUCAUGGAUUACACUGUAGCUCGCGUUCUCAGCACACUUUUCUCGCUUUUGAACAAGGCCGUACGAGACAUCAUCGAGUACAAUUCUCAACAUGUCGACUUCCCACUUGACCCAGAUCAAAUCGAAUCUUUUAUCGCCAAAAAGCUCCUUCUCGCGCUUGUUUGGUCGUUGACUGGUGAUUGUCCAUUGGGAGAUCGUAAGAGCUUUGGAGAUUGCCUCGCCGGGUUGGCUACAUUUGGAAAUCCAAUCUUGGGCGACAACUCUUCUCUCAUCGAUUUUGAUGUGACUCUACCCCAAGCUGAAUGGUCUUCAUGGCAAAAUCAAGUACCCACCAUCGAAGUCAAUACGCACUCCAUCACACAAACUGAUGUGGUUAUUCCUACUCUCGAUACAGUACGUCACGAGGAUGUCUUAUACUCCUGGCUAGCAGAACAUAAGCCCCUACUUUUGUGCGGUCCUCCUGGUUCCGGAAAAACCAUGACUCUCUUCAGUGCUCUACGUAAACUUCCUAACAUGGAGGUCGUUGGACUCAAUUUCUCUAGUGCAACUACUCCCGAUUUGUUAAUCAAGACGUUUGAGCAAUACUGUGAGUACAAGAAAACUGUGAAUGGAGUCAUGCUCUCACCUACUCAAAUUGGGCGCUGGCUUGUGCUUUUCUGCGACGAAAUUAAUUUGCCCGCCCCAGAUAAGUAUGGUACGCAGAGAGCCAUCUCUUUCUUGCGUCAGCUAGUGGAGCAAAACGGAUUCUGGCGCACGUCAGAUAAAACUUGGGUUACACUUGAUCGCAUUCAAUUCGUGGGUGCUUGUAAUCCUCCAACAGAUGCUGGCAGAACGCCGAUGGGAGAUCGUUUCUUGCGACACGCACCACUUAUCAUGGUUGAUUAUCCCGGAGAACUGUCCCUCCAACAGAUUUACGGCACUUUCAAUAGCGCUGUUCUCAAGAUCAUUCCCGCUUUGAGAGGCUACUCUGAGGCAUUGACAAAAGCUAUGGUCCGAUUUUACACCGAGUCACAACAACGCUUUACUCCUAAGAUUCAACCUCAUUAUGUGUACAGUCCUCGUGAGCUUACCCGUUGGGUUCGCGGCAUUUACGAAGCCAUACGACCACUUGAGACACUUAGUAUUGAAGGUCUAGUCAGAAUAUGGGCUCAUGAAGCUCUGAGAUUAUUUCAAGACCGUCUCGUGGCUGAGGAUGAACGUAAAUGGACCGACGAUGCUGUGCAUCGCAUCGCAACUGACUUCUUCCCUACUAUCGAUGAAGAUAAAGCUCUUGGAGGACCAAUUCUAUUCUCCAACUGGCUCUCGAAGAAUUACGUUCCAGUCGACAGGGAGCAAUUGAGAGAGUUUGUCAAGGCGCGUUUGAAGACCUUCUGCGAAGAAGAGGUUGACGUCCCACUUAUUUUGUUCAACGAUGUUCUGGAGCACGUACUUCGUAUUGAUCGUGUUUUCAGACAACCACAAGGUCACUUGAUUCUUAUUGGAGUCAGUGGAAGUGGUAAGACAACGCUGUCUCGAUUUGUUGCUUGGAUGAAUGGUCUCAGAGUCUUUCAAAUCAAGGUUCAUGGUAAAUAUUCCGCUGAAGACUUCGAUGACGAUCUACGUGAUGUACUACGUCGUUGUGGCUGCAAGGGAGAGAAGAUAUGUUUCAUUAUGGACGAAUCAAAUGUCCUCGACUCCGGUUUCUUGGAAAGAAUGAACACUCUGCUGGCAAAUGCUGAAGUUCCAGGUCUUUUCGAAGGCGAUGAAUUCGCAUCGUUGAUGACAGCCUGCAAAGAGGGUGCCCAGCGUCAAGGACUUCUACUAGACUCCCAAGAAGAGCUCUACAAAUGGUUUACAGGACAAAUUGUGAAGAAUCUGCACGUUGUCUUCACCAUGAACCCUCCUGAAGAUGGCUUGUCUUCUAAAGCUGCAACCAGCCCUGCUCUCUUCAAUCGUUGCGUACUGAAUUGGUUUGGAGAUUGGUCUGAUCAAGCAUUAUUCCAAGUAGGCACAGAACUGACUCAAUCUGUUGAUCUUGAUCGACCGAAUUUCACAGCACCAGACAGCAUACCAGUCGCAUAUCGAGACCUUAGCUUGCCAGCAAACCAUAGAGAGACAAUCAUCAAUUCAAUGGUGUAUAUCCAUUACUCACUACACCGAUUCAAUGUCAAAUUAGUUAAGCAGCAAGGCAAGGUAACAUUCCUUACACCCAGACACUUUUUAGAUUUCGUGGCUCAAUACGUCAAACUGUACACGGAGAAACGAGAUGAUCUCGAAGAGCAGCAAAGACAUCUUAAUGUCGGUUUGGAAAAGCUCAGAGAUACUGUUGAUAAAGUACGCGAUCUUAGAGUCAGCUUGGCAGACAAGAAAGGUCAAUUGGAACGUAAAGAUGCAGAAGCCAACGAGAAACUGCAGCGCAUGGUAGCGGAUCAAAGAGAGGCUGAGCAACGUAAAACAACUUCACUCGAAAUCCAGGCUGCUCUAGAAAUACAGGAAAAGGAAGUCGCCGAACGUCGUGAGGUUGUACUCAACGAUUUAGCCAAUGCUGAGCCUGCUGUUAUCGAAGCUCAAAAAAGUGUUAGCAACAUCAAGCGACAGCAUCUAACUGAGGUUCGUUCCAUGGGUAACCCACCUCAGGGUGUCAAACUUGCGCUAGACUCAGUCUGUACUCUCCUUGGCCAUAAGAUCGAAAGUUGGAAGACAGUACAGGGCAUCAUCAGAAAAGAUGACUUCAUUGCCAGUAUUGUCAAUUAUGACAACGAGAGGCAGAUGACAAAGAAUCUGCGUGUAAAGAUGCGCAACGAGUUUCUUUCAAACGAUGACUUCACUUACGAAAAAGUCAACCGUGCCAGUAAAGCUUGUGGACCGCUUGUUCAAUGGGUCCAGGCUCAAGUCAACUAUUCUGAAAUUCUUGAUCGUGUAGGACCACUGAGAGAGGAGGUCGGGUUGCUCGAGGAACAAGCUCUACAAACCAAAGCUGAGGCCCAAACCAUUGAGAACACCAUCAACACAUUGGAACAAAGUAUUGCAACUUACAAGACAGAAUAUGCAGCUCUGAUCAGUGAAACACAGGCUAUCAAGUCUGAGAUGUCAAAGGUUCAAUUUAAGGUUGAUCGUAGUGUUCGAUUGCUUGACAGUCUUUCUUCCGAACGAACACGUUGGGAAGAGGGAAGCAAGUCAUUUGAGACACAAAUCAGCACACUUGUGGGUGACGUCCUUGUUGCCGCUGCUUUUCUUGCAUACAGUGGUCUCUAUGAUCAGCAAUACCGAAAGAACAUGAUGGAAGACUGGUUGCAUCAACUCCAUUUGUCUGGAGUCAGUUACAAACAACAUAACCCAGUCACUGAAUAUCUCUCAAGUGCCGAUGAGCGACUUGGAUGGCAACAAGACACUCUACCAGUGGAUGACCUUUGCACCGAAAACGCUAUCAUAUUGAAACGAUUCAAUAGAUAUCCAUUGAUUAUUGAUCCUUCUGGUCGCGCUACGGAGUUCUUACAAAAGCAGAGCAAGGACAGAAAGCUUACUGUCACUAGUUUCUUGGAUGACUCUUUCACUAAACAACUAGAAAGCUCCCUUCGUUUUGGAAAUCCUAUACUUAUCCAAGAUGCUGAAUACCUGGACCCAAUUCUUAACCACGUUCUCAACAAAGAAUACCAAAAGACUGGUGGGCGUGUUCUCAUCCAGCUUGGAAAGCAAGAAAUCGAUUUCUCACCCGCAUUCAAGAUUUACCUUUCCACCAGAGAUCCGUCUGCAACAUUCGCGCCGGAUAUUUGCAGUCGCACGACAUUUGUCAAUUUCACAGUCACACAGAGUAGUUUGCAAACACAGUCACUCAAUGACGUCCUCAAAUCCGAACGGCCUGAUGUGGACGAGAGACGCUCUAAUCUCAUCAAGUUACAAGGCGAAUUCAAGGUUCAUCUUAGGCAGCUCGAGAAGCGCUUGCUGCAAGCCUUGAACGAGUCACGUGGCAAUAUUCUUGAUGAUGACAACGUCAUUGAAACUCUUGAGACCUUGAAGAAGGAAGCUGCAGAAAUCUCCGUGAAGAUGGGUAACACUGAAGGUGUAAUGGCUGAAGUUGAUGAGAUUACACUCCAGUACAAUAUCAUCGCACGCUCUUGCAGUGCCAUUUUCGCCGUCCUCGAACAAUUACACUACCUCAACCAUUUCUAUCAAUUCUCUCUACAGUACUUCCUCGAUAUUUUCCACUCUGUACUAAAUGGUAACAAGCGACUAGAGUCAGAGACAAACCACGAUAGACGUCGUGAUAUUAUCGUUGAAGACUUGUUUGUAACCGCCUACCAGCGUACAUCCCUUGGACUACUCCAGAAAGACAAGAUUACCUUGGCAAUGCUUCUCGCCCAGGCAGCUCCAUAUAAGAUGGAUAAGAGUCUUAUUGACGUCAUUCUAGAUGAGACUGUGGUGGGCACUGAUUUGUCAACAGAUGGUGACAUGAAGGAUGAAGUCAUGGGCAAUGCAAUCAAACUUCCUGCUUUCAAGGGUAAACUUGAGGGUGUGUCUUCUGAAGCUUGGGAUCGUUUCUUAUCCGAGGAACUGGCAGAAAACUUUGUUCCUCAAGUCUGGGAUGAUAAUGUUGAAAAGAGAGAUCAAGAGCUUAUAUCCUUGUUGCUUAUCAAGCUUUUCCGGCUUGAUCGAUUUGUUCCUGCCGCUGAGCGAUUUGUUACUGCAGUGUUUGGCUCUGGCCUUCUUGACAUCACUGAGGACCUUAAGCAAAUUGUCGAGCAAGUAUCUGCAAGCCGUCCUAUUGCACUUUGCUCAAGCCCCGGGUUCGAUGCAAGUUACAAAGUCGAGAACCUCGUGGAGCAAUCACGAGCCGCGUGUACCAACAUUGCUAUGGGUUCUAAUGAAGGGUUAGCAACCGCUGAUAAAGCUAUCAGUAAUGCAGCUGCCAACGGAUCAUGGGUCCUUGUCAAGAACGUUCAUUUGGCACCAACCUGGCUACAAAGUCUGGAGAAACGCAUGGAUUCACUCAAACCCCAUGCAAACUUUAGAUUGUUCUUGUCAAUGGAAUCCAGUCCUAAAAUUCCUGUCAAUUUGUUGCGAGCAUCCAGAGUGUUGAUGUACGAGCAGCCAGCCGGUGUCAGAGCCAACAUGAAGGAUUCUAUGGCAUCACUUUCUACCAGAGGUACAAAGACUCCUGUAGAAAGAACAAGAUUGUAUCUGCUCUUGUCUUUCUUGCACGCUGUCGUUCAAGAGCGUUUGAGAUAUGCUCCUAGUCUUGGGUGGAAAGGGUUCUGGGAGUUCAACGAUAGUGAUUAUGAAUGUUCUGCGUAUAUCAUCGAUACCUGGGUUGAAACAGUAGCUGCAGGACGAUCUAAUGUGGCCCCACAAAACCUCCCUUGGGAUAUGCUUCGCACACUCAUUGUGGAGACAUACGGUGGUAAAAUUGAUGAUGAAGGAGAUUUUGCACGCCUCACACAACUUGUCCACUCUUUCAUGACUCCAGCCGCCUAUGACAUCGGUCAUAAAUUGGUCGAAGGUAUUGCUGGUGAUGAAUCCGAUACUGGAAACUUGGUCGUACCAAGCGGAACUACAAUGAAGGAUUUCACAGAAUGGGUUAAGAAACUGCCCGAGCGUGAACCUCCUACUUAUUUGGGUCUACCGGCUAAUGCGGAGAAAUUGUUGUUGGUGGGACAGGGCCGUAGCAUGAUCCAGAAUCUGGGUAAGAUUACUGAGAUGUUGGAUGAGGGUGAACAAAUCAUGGCUGAAGCUGCUUGAAAGGUGCCAAGUAAGAACGGAAGAUGUUAGAUUUCAUUUGUCACAGGAUGGUUAAUAAGGAAAUAAGGAGAUAAGAAGAUACAUUAAAUGGCUGUGUGAAUAAAUUUUCCUUUGUAAAUUGUAGAUUUUAGCAGGGAUUCUGAUAUUUUAUGGGGUUUUAUUGCAUAGCACAGCACAGCAAAGCCUGGAGGGCGAAAGACUAGAGGAAGAUAUUUUCUUAGUAGAGUGCUUUUUGGUAAUACAAUUCACAUUAUACUCUGAAGAUAGAUGCGUAGAAUGCAGUUCAAUAUUCU